AUGGCGCCGGAGGGCAGCGGCCAGAAGCCAUCAGUGCUCAUAAUCGGUGGACUGGGCUACAUGGGUCGCUUCCUCGCCAAACACAUUCAUGACAACCAACUUGCAUCUACCGUUCGCCUUGUCGACAAAGUGCUGCCUCAAUUGGCUCAUUUGGCACCCGAAUUCUCCGAAUGCUGUUCCCAAACCUUCUUUGUACAAGCGGAUGCCUCGCGCGAGGCGUCCAUGGACCGGAUUUUCGCUCAUCCGAAGGGGACUGACCACACGUGGGAUUACGUCUUCAACUUGGGUGGUAACACCGCAUGGUCGCGGACGAUAGAAGAGUACAAUUUACAGUCGACGCAGCUCAGUGUCACCCUCGGCAAGGCGGCCGCAAAACGGGGCGUAAAGGUCUUCGUUGAAGCAAGUACGGGAAUGGUGUACAGCCCCGAGCGCAAGCCUCGAUCAGAACGAGACAAGUUGAAGCCAUGGCUCAAUCUUGCCAAGGCUAAGCUGGAAGCCGAACAGGAGCUGGCGCGCACGUCUGGACUGAAUCUCAUCAUCCUCCGCUUUGCCCACGUAUAUGGUCCAUAUGAUGCGGGCUUCUUCGCAAAGUUACUAUGUCUCGCACGCGUGUAUCAGGCGAAGAAAGAAGACUUGAAGUGGCUGUGGACCGAAGAUCUCCGGACCAAUACAGUACAUAUAGACGAUGCAGUGCGGGCUCUCUGGACUGCUGCAGAGUGGAGAGAAACGCAUUCCGCUAUACCGGAAGGAUCCUUCUCCCCGGGCAGCAGACGACCGACAUUGUCAUCCAAAGGUGAAGAGCCACCCUCAGGUAAUGUACCAAUUUUCAACAUCGUCGAUCACGGUCAGACGUCGCAGGGCACAAGUGCAGAUGUGGUGUCGAAAGUCUUUGGCAUCAAGACAGGAUUUCAAGGCUCUGUCAUCUCCCAACUCGCGAAGCUGAACUUGGAGCAUGUGGUAGACGAUCUGAACGAAGACAUCCUCCAGCCGUGGGCAGAUCUUCUGGUCGAGAAGGAGAUCACUAAGCCCGGACCUCUUACUCCAUUCCUGGAGAAGGAAUUGUUGAAAGAUACUGACCUGAGCAUGGAUGGCCGUCUGUUCGAAAAAGUGGUUGGCUUCGAGUACACCAAACCACAAGGACUGACCAAGGAAGGCGUACAGGAGAUGUUGGCCAGCUACGAGAAGAUGAAAUGGUGGCCAUGA